AGGAGGAGAAGGAGGAGGAAGAAGCAGGAGACGGAGAGGCGCCUACGGGGAUCCCGGGGAUCCCAGCAGCCUGCCAUGGCGACGCCGGCCAACGUGCAGAGCGCCAGCAAGACCUGGGAGCUCAGCCUGUAUGAACUUCACCGGACGCCGCAGGAGGCCGUAAUGGACGGGACGGAGAUUGCUGUCUCCCCGCGAAGCCUCCACAGCGAGCUGAUGUGCCCCAUCUGCCUCGACAUGCUCAAGCACACCAUGACCACCAAGGAGUGCUUGCACCGAUUCUGCUCCGACUGCAUCGUGACGGCCCUGCGGAGCGGGAACAAAGAGUGUCCGACCUGCCGCAAGAAGCUGGUCUCCAAACGCUCCCUGCGCCCCGACCCGAACUUUGACGCCCUCAUCUCCAAGAUCUACCCCAGCCGGGACGAGUACGAAGCGCACCAAGACCGGGUCCUGGCCAAGCUCAACCGCCUGCACAACCAGCAGGCCCUGCGCAGCAGCAUGGAGGAGGGGCUCAAGAUGCAGGCUAUGAACAGGGGGCAGCGGGCCCGGAAGCACCCCCAAGAGUCGGACAACACCACCUUCAGCGGGGCGGAAGACAACUGCGACAGCCGCUCGCACCUCAGCAAUGCCUCGGCCCCCAGCCAGAUCGAGGCCGGACCGAGCUGCAAGCGCUCCCGGGCCUCGGACGAGUCCUGCGCCGAGCCGGAGACCUCGCACGAGGGGGACCGCCGGAGCCCUGAGCCGGGCGCCGAGCCCAGCAGCAGCGAGAUCGAGCUGGUCUUCCGCCCCCACCCAGUCCUGGUGGAGAAGGGAGCCUAUGCCCAGACCAGGUAUGUCAAGACCACGGCCAACGCCACGGUGGACCACCUCUCCAAAUACCUGGCCCUGCGUAUUGCCUUAGAAGAGGCUCCGGGGGCCGGAUCCGAAGCCCCCGCCCUGGAGGGCGUCAGCGAGAAGCAGUACACCAUUUACAUCACCACUGCCGGGGGGGCCUUCACGACGCUGAACGGAUCCGUCACCCUGGAGCUGGUGAACGAGAAGUACUGGAAGCUGAGCAAGCCCCUCGAGCUGUACUAUGCCCCCACCAAGGAGCAGAAAUGAGGGCUGAGCCCCCCCCCCACAAGACUGUUGGGCUAACAGCAAGUGUUUAAGCGGGGGGGAGAGGGGGGCACCGGCAUGGCCCCCCACCGCCACAGGGACUCUCCGAGGAAGACGAGGAAGAGGAAGGAGCUUAAAGCGCUUUGCAAGGGGUGGGGGGGUUGCCCAAAUGGCUGAAACUGCUCCCCCCUCCACUGCUUCUGGCACACUUAGCCCCCUCCCACCUAGAAAAGACUGAUGCCCCCAAAGAAGGCUGGGUGGGGGAGCGUGAUGGCAUCCCAACCCCCUCUGUUUUGGCUUCCCCUCUUCUCCCCCAAAGGACGGGUGCCCCCUCCCUGAGCAGGAAUGGGGGGCCUUGCAAUGGUGGGGGCAAGGGGGUUGCUGCUGUUGCUGCUGCUGUUGCUGCUGCUGAGAGCAGGCAUUUCUCUCUGGCCUUUUUACAGCUGUUUUCUCCCCCCCCCCUUUUGUGGAAUUUAAUUCAUCAAGGAGUUUUUUUGCCUCUUUGAAAGACUGGAGCCUCUCUCUCUUUCUCUUUCUCUCUCUCUCUCUCCCCCCCCCACUAGGAGGUGAGGCAGGGCAGGGUGGGCAUGCAGACCCCAAAAUCACAAAAUUGUAGGGCUGGAAGGGAACUCCAGAGGUCCUCUAGUCCAACCCCCUGCCAUGCAGGAAUAUCAGCUAAAGCAUCCAUGUCAGCUGGCUCUUAAUAAUAUAUGGAAUGUAAUUUAUUUAACCCGUUAAGAGAGGAGCCUGACAUUACGUCCGACCUCAGGCAAAAAAAACGUAGAGCUGGAAGGGAACCCCAAGAGUCAUCUAGUCCAACCCCGUGCAAUGCAGGAAUAUGCAGCUGUUCCUUAAGGGGCUUGAACCUGCGACCUAGGUGUAUCUACCUUUAAAGCCUUGCCUUACCUGGACGGUUGGAGCCCCUAGCCCUGCCUCGUAUCUGGCAGGUAUCUGCCGUAUGAGUUUUUGAGCAAAGGUCCCUCCUCACCCCCUUCUCUCUUGGGCCUCUGGCAAACUCUGGGAAAUCUCAAGUUGCUAGAUCUCAAGGAACUGGAUAUUUCCCCCCCCCCCCUGUGCUUACUACUCCAAAAAGACCAGGGGUGUUUUGCUGCCAGAAACUGAGAGGUAUAGCCAGAUCAAUAAUAACACAACACAGGAGAUGUGUCCCUUUUUAUUUGUGUCCCCACCCCCACC